AUGUCUUCGGAUGAUGAUAAAUAUGACUAUCUCUUCAAAAUUGUAUUGAUAGGUGAUUCAGGUGUUGGAAAAAGUAAUCUGCUUUCCCGAUUUACUCGAAAUACAUUUAAUUUGGAAAGUAAGACGACAAUCGGUGUCGAAUUUGCUACCAGGAGUGUCCAUAUUGAUGAUAAAAUUGUGAAAGCUCAGAUAUGGGAUACCGCCGGUCAAGAAAGAUAUCGUGCGAUUACUUCAGCAUAUUAUCGGGGUGCUGUUGGUGCUCUUUUGGUUUAUGACAUAGCAAAAAUAUCUACCUUUGAUAAUGUCGGUGUGUGGUUGAAAGAGCUCCAUUCGAAUGCCGAUAUUAAUAUUGUCACAAUGCUGGUUGGAAAUAAGUGUGACCUCCGUCAUUUGCGAACUGUUCCUCAAAACGUAGCUGCUGCGUUUGCUAGUAGCAAUAAUCUUUUCUUCACUGAAACGUCUGCUCUGGAUUCUACUAAUGUGGAACACGCUUAUAUUACUCUUCUUUCUGAAAUUUUGAAACACGUUAGAUCGUCUGGUGCCAGUUCAGAUACUAAUAUCGGUCUUGAAGGUCGACCAACAAUACCUUUACAAAAUCCUAAUAAUGAACCGAGGAAGGCCUGUUGUUCUGGGUUUUAG